AUGUAUUGCCUAAUGAAAAAUGCAUUAAAUUUCGAUAAGUUUAAGAACAUCAAAAUUGACUUAAUCAACAAGGUAAAUGCCUCUGACAUCACAGAUUCUUAUGAAGAAAAUGAAGUAUUCAACCUUUUAAAAGAUAAAGAAUUUUUCUCUGAAGGGUUAGAACUCAGUAGACAUAGCAAUUUGGAAUGCACAUCUUCAGUGCAAAAGAAAUUGAAGCAUAUUAAUAACUUAAAACGGCAUUUAAAUGAUAUAACGAACUUAAGACAGCUUGAAAAAUGUAGGUUAUAUAAAGAGACAGGUAGAGUUAAAACAAUUCACAGGAGAACCGUAGCAGUUUCUUCAUUUUUAAAAAGUGGGCAUGAUGACUGUUACGACGAUAAGAGCGUGGAAAUGUUGAAUAGCAAUGUUCCGCUUUUUGGAGAAGUCAAAAGAGUGUAUAAAGAUGUGUUUUGUAAAACGGUGUCCAGGAGGAUCCAGAAAAAGGGACUAAUAAGAAAAACAUUUUUUAAAACGUUCAUGUUUAAGUACAUUUCUGAGUUCAACAGUAAUAGUGACAGGAAGCAUAUAGACAUAACUAAAUUUGAGCUGACAAACGGAAAAUUAAUUGCGUAUCUUCACUGUUAUGAAAAAUGCUCCCCUGAAAAGGUGCACCAGGUUAGAAGUGUGCAGAUUUAUUCAAAAAAGAAAAUUCAUUGUAAAUCUAUCAUUACAAAAAAAAGUGUUAGUUCUGUAAAAAGAAAUAAACAAAUGCGAACGUGCUUGAGGAGGGAAAAGUCCGAACGGCAUUGCGAUGAUAGGGACCAGGUUAAACGCGGCUCCAACGAAUUGCAUAAUGCACCAGAAAAAAUAUAUAGAAAGAGAGAGAUAGAUCGGAAGAACGAAUUUAACAAUUGCUGUGCAGAUAACUGUGAAGAAUCGCCCUUUUUGGAGUUUCACAAAAAUAAAGGGCAAAAUGCUCACAUAGAGUUUGUGAACAGGGGCGAAACGGUCAACACUUUAAUCGAAGGGGGAUGCAAGAAUAAUUUAAAAAUUCACCCCUUCAGUAACCUUGGAAAUGGAGAAAUGAAAGAUCUGAAGAAGCCUAAGGAAGUGUUCGAAAUUCACAAUUCGGAAAAUGUACAUAAAAAUUCAUCAAGUCAGAAAAACAUAAAUUUGAGUGAGCUGCGCAGAGUGAGCACCAAUGACCAGCAGAAUAAUAAAAAGGAAUUUAAAAGGAUACGGGACCCCCGUUUUAAUUUUCUCAGCAAUAAUGUGAACUUUUACGAAAGAGUGAUUAAUGAAGAGAAGUGUAAAGCAGAAAAUGCAAAAAAGGGCGAUAAUAUUUGCAGUCAAAAUAUAAUGCAAAAUGGAGAAAUGAACGAAAUAAAGCAGAAAAUCAAAACAGCGCUAAUCAGCUUGAAUAGUAUAAGAAAGAACAAUUAUAAGUUAAAAUUUUGUCUUGAAAAGGAAAUUAUAGAUAACACCAUUCACCAAAAUGAGUUAAAAAGAAGUUUAGGUUCCGUUUUUAGUGAAAAUAGUGCACAUAGAAAAAGUGCGCACAUGGGUCGAAAUUCCCCAGAUGGGGGAAGUAAAAGUGUAGACAAGCGCAGAAAUGGUAGACACGAUGGUGAUAACCAUCAGGGGCAAAAGGCUAAAACGCAAAGAGAGGAAAAUGCACAAAAUGGUUUCUGCAAUCAUGUUAGGAGCAUGGACGAAAAGGUCCCCAUAGAGGAAAAAAGGAGCAGCGGUUACAAUAGUGUGAGUUGUGAAAAAAAUAAAAACGAACGUCUUCACUCAACGGAAGAAGGUGCCAAAUCAACGCGCGCCGUUAUAAAAAACGAUCAAAAUGAAGGCAAGACCAAAUUAGUCAGUAAGACGGAGGCCAAAAGGAACCACUUUAACGAAUGGAGGGACACCGAACUGGUUCAAAAGCGCCACACAAAUGGAAAAAAGGAGCAAAAUUUACCAAAAAGAGAUGUAAAACUGAGCAAUCGUGCACUUACAUUAAAUGGAGAAACGCCAAAUAGACAUACCUGCAGUGGUAAAAGUUUGAAGGAUGAAGAGAAAAGUGCCACUUUAAAUAACACCCAAAAAGUGCAUAGUUGGGGAGUGGCCAUUCAGGCAAAAACGAACGGCUUAAAAAAUUACGAAAAGGAAAAGAUUCGUGGAAUUGACGAAAGGGCACGUAGUAACUUUUUGGGUGACCUAAAAAGCAAAGUUGAAAAGGUAGAGGCGAAAGAAAUGGACAGAAAAAAUGAAUACAUCAAAGUUGAAGGUAAUUAUAAAAACUCAAGCGGGGUGAACAAAUCGACAAAGCAAUUUAAAGAAAAUAAUAGCUACGCGAACAGAAACAAAAGUAAGGAGACAGUUAAAAAUAUUGAAGCAAAUAAUUUGAAUAGCCCCUUGGAUGGUGAAAAAAAAACGCAUAACAUAGUUGCUAAUUCGAGGGAUUGUACGAAAAGAUUUACAGCUUCACAAGAAAUCCCUUGUGAUGAAGCAAAUAGGGAAAGGAAACAGUUUGACCUAAAUAACGUAAGAAACAUAAAAAAAAUAAUAACCUGCGGAAUAUAUGUAAACAAGGAGAUGGACCGAAUAAAUAAAAGAAACAAAAUUGCAAUAAGCUUAAUUGAGAACUAUUUAGAAAACACAAAUAGGACAUCUUCAUUUUUUUCCAAGCAAAAGGAAAAAAAGGUGUGUCUUCAAAAAAAUUGUAUACCUGGAAGGGAAUAUGACAAAAAAGAGGCCAAAGUUUUCCCCGGGCUGUAUGACCAUUACGCAUUUCUACUGCUUAACGUUAAAAAUUACAAAGUUGUGUGA